AGACGAAGCAGAGUUGAUGACUCGUUGCUAUGGAGAUUCUGUCGCAACCACCCUGUAAAGAGUUUCCACUAAAGCCAAUUAAAUAAAGCAUCAUGUCUGAGAUUACAAGUCUUAAAAUAUCUUACAUUUUUCCAAAUGGAGACAAAUAUGAGGGAGAAUGCUGUCGUACUUCAGAUGGUGUGGUGAUGAGGAAAGGGUCUGGCACACAGACAUCAGCCUCUGGAGUUACUUACACUGGAGAAUGGGACAAUGAUAAGAUGAAUGGCAGAGGAACUCUUACACACCCUUCAGGGGCGAUUUACAGCGGCCUGUUCAGAGACAACAUGUAUCAUGGCAAAGGAACAUACCGAUUUCCUGAUGGGACAGAAUACACAGGAACCUUUAACAACAACAGAUUUGAAGGUGAAGGGGAGUUCACAGAUUCACAAGGACUUGUGUGGACUGGGAUGUUCCGUAACAAAGCGGCACUGGGACUGAAGCUCAAAGUUAACAUGUGACAUGGACACAAACACACACCAUUUAUAUGAAUACAGCAACAAAAAUAAUAGUAAUAAUAUAUAUUCUGUCCUUUUCUGAUCUAGAUGACAUAGAUUAAGUGCUAUAAUGUUAAGUAUUUAAUCACUUUACCAAACUGAACUUUAAGAAGUGAUAGUACAAUAUGAGCAUCUUAUCAAGAUUAUGAAGCGAGCAUUUGAGUAAACUUUCUUAGAAUUACCACCCGUGGAAGUACUGAAAAAGAUCUUAUAUACACCGUGAUGCAUUAUCACAGCUAGCGGCCCUGAGGCAUUGAUCAGAUCUGGUAUACCAAUAAAAUAACUUCAGUUCCAGCAGCAUCCACUGAAUAUCAAGAACACGUGUUCCCACACACUACUUCUGAAAGAAUCACUACUUUGUUUUGUGCACAGGGUGAGAGGAAUGUGAUUCUCUGUGUACAGUUCAGCCAUUGGUGGAGCGCAUCUCCAAAAUACAUGAGCAUGCAUAAGCAGCAGAGCUCAUGACUGCAUGAGAAGUCAAGAGUUGUGUAAGACCGUGAAGCUCAAUUUCCUGUCCUCUGGAGUGAGAACGUGUUUACUGUGGAUCAACACCUCGGCUGGAGAUCCACCGCCUUUCAUUUUGCUUCUAAUUCUGCUUUAAAUUAACAUGAAGCCCUAGUGUUCAGUUAAAUCUGUGUUAUUUGUUUCAAUGUUCUACCUCAAUUAAAUGUAUGACUCAAUGUUCACUUUUGAGUUUUUGACAAUA